GGAGAUCUGUGUGCAGUUAUUGGAGGACAGCUGCGUUUAAUUUUACAUCAUGGCGGCUGGAGUUUUAAGGACAGUCCUACGAAAAUCUGUUGGAUCGUAUACUGAUGCAGCAUUUCUUAUGCGAAAUGGAGCUUUAAUACAUCCUCCAACACAACUUCGCCAUAGUCAUGAUUGGGCGCCAGAUACUGAGUAUUUAAACACAUUAAAAUAUCCGCAAGCUUUGCCGGUUGAUGCUGUAAAAUGGCAAUUUCCAAAGCAACUAGAUGACGAUGAAAGAUAUGAGACAGUGAAAAAUAUACAAAUUAAUUUUGGUCCUCAACAUCCUGCAGCUCAUGGAGUGUUACGUUUGAUAUUAGAAUUAGAUGGAGAAGUUGUGAUUAAGGCUGAUCCACAUAUUGGUCUGUUGCAUCGAGCUACAGAAAAGCUUAUAGAAUAUAAGACUUAUAUGCAGGCAUUACCUUAUUUCGAUCGUUUAGAUUAUGUUUCUAUGAUGUGUAAUGAGCAAUGUUUCUCUUUAGCAAUUGAAAAAUUAUUAAAUAUAGAUGUACCUCUGCGUGCAAAAUAUAUUCGAGUAUUAUUUGCGGAACUCACUCGUAUUUUGAAUCAUAUUAUGGGAAUAGGAACUCAUGCAUUGGAUGUAGGUGCAAUGACCCCUUUCUUUUGGUUGUUUGAAGAACGAGAAAAAUUAAUGGAAUUUUAUGAAAGAGUUAGCGGAGCUCGUAUGCAUGCUGCUUAUGUACGACCUGGUGGAGUGUCUUUGGAUCUUCCGUUAGGUUUAUUAGAUGAUAUUUAUGAAUGGGCUUCGCAAUACGGUGAAAGAGUGGAUGAAGUAGAAGACAUGUUGACUGAAAACAGAAUAUGGAUUCAACGUACAAAGGAUAUUGGUGUAAUUAAAGCACAAGAUGCAUUAAAUAUGGGCUUUAGUGGAGUAAUGUUACGAGGAUCUGGAAUUAAAUGGGAUUUAAGAAAAUCUGCACCAUAUGAUGCAUAUGAUUUAGUUGACUUUGAUGUUCCUGUAGGUGUAAAUGGAGAUUGCUAUGACAGGUAUCUCAUUCGCGUUGAGGAAAUGCGUCAGUCUCUUAGGAUAAUCGAGCAAUGCUUAAAUAAAAUGCCACCUGGCGAAGUGAGAUGUGAUGAUGCUAAAGUUGUUCCACCGCGUAGAGAAGAAAUGAAAAGUAGUAUGGAAGCUUUAAUUCAUCAUUUUAAAUUAUAUACACAAGGCUUCCAGGUACCACCUGGUGCUACAUAUACAGCUAUUGAAGCACCCAAGGGUGAAUUUGGAGUUUAUCUCGUGAGUGAUGGUACUAGUAAACCAUAUCGGUGUAAGAUCAAGGCUCCUGGAUUUGCACACUUGGCUUGUUUAAAGCAUAUAGGACCAGGUCAUAUGCUUGCUGAUAUUGUAGCUAUUAUUGGUACACUGGAUGUAGUGUUUGGUGAAAUUGACAGAUAAAAUGUUGGUAAUUGUAAAUUUGUAGUAGCGCAGUAUAUGUUACGAAUGGAUAAAUGAACAUUCCUUGUUUAAUCGUUAUACUGUAUAUUUGGAUUAUAAAACUAUGUAUAAAUGCACUCGUCGAUAGAAAAUUUGUAAAUAACGUAUCGUACAUAUCGAAUUUUAGUCACGAUACGAAUCAUGAAUAUCGUGGACCUAGUAUAUCAUUUGGCAUUCGAACGUCGUCGAACUCGACACGGUGGUCUUCAAUUCGAUCUUACGAUAUCGCAUGAUCGAGGAAAUCGUAUUUACAACAUCAAUGCCAUUGACACGGAAUCCUAAAAUAGUCUGACAUAAUCACGUCUUAUAAAAUCGAUUGCAUAAUUUUAUAAUAUGAUGGAUAUUUGGAACAUUAUGUGAAAGGAAUGUUCAUGUUUUAUAGAAUACGAUUUUUUCCUUCUUUUUUUUAACUUUUCUUAAUAUUAUUAUAAUAAUAAUAAUAAUAAUAAUAUUAUUAUUAUUAUUAUAUUGUAAAUAGACUAUUAAUUUAUUGUUAUUAGACAUUUAUUUAUUCAUUUAUUUUAUUUUUUUUUUUAUUAUAAACGACUAAUUUUAGUUUUGAUUAUAUGAGAAAUUAUUUGAUUAUAUGGGGAUAAAUUUAAAAGAACGUUCAAUCUAUUUCGACCAUUCCAUUUCUGAUGUAACAUUCUUGUUCGUCUCGCUUUCGUUAUAAAAUCAUCACGAGAAUUAUGUUAAUUCGUUGGCGUUGCGGCAUCUCUUGGAGGGAUUACUUUGCAGUGAACUUCUUCUUUUUUUUUUUAACUGAGGGAAAGAUCUCUUCAAUUAAACUUAACACAAUAAUAAAGGAAGUGGGUCGUUCUCACUCAUUUCUCUCGGUGUCUUUCUUUACGUUUCUAUCUCGCACUUUAUUUAACAAGACGUACGUGUCUAUCGUAACAUUUAAUAAUUCAUCGUCACAUGUGAAUCGUUAUGCGAUAUAAAACGAAACGAGGGAAAAAAAAAUAAAACGAUGGGUUAGAUA